AUGUUACUUGAUAACAUUAAAGUUGCCAUUCGUAUACGACCAUUCACAAAUAGAGAAUUGGAGAUUUCUGACAUUACGACUCUCUUAGUCUUGGAUAAAGAGACCGUCUCCACUAUUCCUCCCAUCGAAGCUGGAAUCAGGUAGAAUCAAAAAACUUACAAUUUCAAUUGGGUCUUUGAUAGAAUGAUAUCACAAAAAGAAAUCUUCGAAACCACCCUUGAGUAUUAAGUCCUUUCAGUACUUGAUGGAAUUAAUUUUACCAUAAUGAGUUACGGAGCAUCAGGUUCUGGCAAAUCACAUACACUAGUCAAGUAUGCUGAAGAUUACGGAUUGCUCAUUCGUUCUAUCAACAAAAUCUUUUAAACCAUCUAGAAUAAGAAAAGAUAAAUUGCUAUUAAAUUUUCCUAUUUGGAAAUCUCACAAGAGUAACUCUACGAUUUGCUUAAUAACAUGAACACCAAUCUGGAUAUUAGAGAUGAUUAGGACAAAGGUGUAGUUAUACAUGGAAUAAAAGAAAUGGAAAUUGCUAGUACACAAGAAUUGAUUCAACUUAUUCAAAUAGCUAAGAAGUAAAAAUCACUUAAAUAACAUGAAUUACUAAUCUUCUCUCUCUAUAUCUAAGACCAUCCCGAUGGAAAAUUGGUUGUAUCUAAAUUGAUUUUUGCUGACCUUGGGUGGGUGGAAAGGGGAGCUCAAAAGAAAAAAAAUAUCUCCCUCUAGGUUCUCAAUAACUGCAUUUCUCUUCUGAAUGAAGCAAAGAAGAAGAACACUCAAACAUUCAUACCUUACAGAAAUAGCAAAUUAACUCGGUUAUUGAAAGAAUCGUUGGGAGGGAACUCAAAAACUCUCAUGAUUUCCUGUGUAAGUCCUGCUAUCUUGGGAUAUGAGGAUACUAUCCAAACACUAGAAUACAGUUAGAUGGCUACCACUAUCACAAAUUAGACUUCAAUUAAGGUGUUUUAGGAUAAUGAAUAAUAAUUAAUUAUGGAGUAAACUAAUCAUGAUUUAGUUAAUUAAAAUGAAGAAUUAAAAAAAUAGUUAAAUAAAUAAUCUCAAAAAUAAAAUGAAGUUAUUCAAAUGCAAUAAAUUGAGAAAAAUAUCAUUCAGCAUUUCAAUCGAGAAUCUUCAAUACAGGAAGAUAUAUUUAAAAUGUAAUAUGAAGCAGAAUAGAUGAAAUAAGGGAUCAAAGACAAAUAACAAUUAUUAGACAAAAUCGAUUUAUCAGAAAGGAAAAAGUAUAAUCAAUUGAGAGAUGAAAUUGAAAAUGAUUAAGAAAAGGUUGAACUUCAAGAAAAUGAAAUUAAAAAACUGCAAAAAUAAACCAAUGAUUUCACUAUCCAGAGGAAAGCAUUAUAAGAUAAUAUAAAAUAAAAUAGUUUAGUUGACGUUGAUAAAUUAUAUCUCACUAAUCUAAUCGAAAAGUUUAUACUGAAAUUGCAAUUACAAGAAAUCAAAGCAAAAGAAUCCAUCUAUCAAUUACAUCAACAAGAAUAAGAGAAAUUGCUCUCCCUUCAAAACAACUAAAUCACCCUUAGAGACAGGAUCAUAGAAGAACAAAGAAAAUAAAUAACAUAAAAUUUUAAAUUAAAUUCAACCAAACGAUAUACUAAAAGCGAUGGAAGUAGUCAACUAAUUACUACAUCCAAAUCGAAGUUCAAAUUGAAUCCAAUCCUUCCAAAGGUUUCUGAUAUACAAUAAGGCUAAGAACCGUACUUGUACAGACAGAGCUCUUCAAGAUAGACUCCCUAAUUACAAACCCCUAAGAAGAAAUCAAAGUCUAGAUCCAAAUCUAAAUCAAGAGACAAAUUCAAAACCAAAAUACCGAAUAAAAAUGUCAUUGAUAACCUAUCAACUCCUCAAAUUCAUAGGUAUAAUGCUUUGGAUAGAGCUUCUCCUUCUAAAUUAAUUGAUUCAAAAUCUAUGGUGGCACUUCCUCUGAUUUAAUCGAAUAGAAGCGUUACCAAGUUUGUAUAUGAUUCGAAAAGUGGAGGUUAUAAGUUUUUAGAAGAGUAGUCUAUAUUCCCUUAAUAAGUGUAAAAACAGUAAUAAAAGCAAAUACCGAUUGAAUAAGAUAAGUCUUUUCUAAUAAAUUCGAGUAGAGGAUCUUCGGUAUAAAAGAAUCACAUCAAAUAAGGUCUUCUUUUACCUGGUAAAGUGAAUGAAUCACUCUAUGUUAAAGGGUUCAUUAAUAAGGAAAUAGAAAUGAAGAUGAAACUGCAUUAAUUAAACUUAAAAAUGAAGAAAGCACCUCAAAAAAAAUGA